AUGGCGCAGUCCUUGUUCGACGACGGCGACUCAGACGGUGCGGAGGACAUCUCGAAGAUCGAGAUCGACCAGGAUUUCGCCCGGCGCUUCGAGCACAACAAGAAGCGGGAGGAUCUGCAGCGGCUGGAGGAGCUCAGGAAGAGAGGGGAGGUCUCGGAUUCAUCCGAGGAGUCCUCGUCGGAGGAAGAGGAAGAGGACGAGGUGGCGGGGUCCAAGAAGACGGAUAUCCAGUUCUACGACGCCAUCGUCCGGGUCAAGAGGAAUGAUCCGGCCAUCUACCAGAAGGACGCGAAGUUGUACUCCUCUGAGGAGGAGGAGGAGGAGGAGGAGGAGGAGGAGGGAGGAGAGGAGGAAGGGGGGAAUCGGAAGGCUAAAAAGGAGAAGCCAUUGUACAUCAAGGACGUUGUCGCGAAGCAUUUGCUGGAAGAAGGGCCGGAGUACGAGGAUGAUCAGCCUUCGGGACCCGUGGGACGUCGAUCGAAGAGCUAUUUGGAAGAGUUGGAGGAAAACAAGCGGGCUUUCUUGGAGGCCGCCGGGGAGACCGUGGAAUCUGAUGGAGAGGAUCUUUUUCUGGAGAAAAAAACUGCCCGAGAGCAGACGGCCGAUGAAGAUGAAGGGGAAAUUCAGAAGAAGUUAGAUGAGUUCUUUGGGGAAGAUGAGAACUUGGACGAGAACGAAGUGUUCUUGAAGAACUUCUUCCUGAAUAAGAUGUGGUUAGACAGGGAUAAAGCCAAGGAGCCCGUGGAUGAGGAUCCUUUGGCAGUGUCCGAAGAUGAGGAUCAGUUAGAGAAGCAGGAAAAGUACGAGGCGGAGUUCAACUUCCGUUAUCAGGAGGGAGCUGGGGAUCGAGUUCUAGGCCACUCGAGGGUCACUGAAGGGACGGUGAGGAAGAAGACGAAUGCUAGAAAGUUGCAGAGAAAGAGCAAGGAGGAGAGGAUGUCGCAGGCUGAGCUCGAGAGGAAGGAGGAGUUGAAGCGCCUCAAGAACUUAAAAAAGAAGGAGAUCCAGGAGAAGCUCGAGAAAAUUCGGAAGAUCGCUGGCAUAGCAGAGGGUGGAGAAUGUGCACUCGAUGAGGACGAUUUGGAGGAAGAGUUUGAUCCGGAGGAGUAUGAUAGAAAAAUGAAGAAGGUGUUUGAUGUCGACUAUUACGAUGCUGAGGAUGCUGACCCAGGAUUUGAUAGUGGUGGUGACGAGAAUCUAGAAAAGCCUGAUUUUGACAUGGAAGAUGAAUUGCUAGGUCUUCCCAAGGACUGGAUCAACAGCGGCUCAGCAGAUGGAUUUCAGGCAGCAAGAGCGAAGAUCCUAAACCGCAAAGAAGAAGCAGUUGAGGAAGAAGAAGAAGAAGAAGAAGAAGAAGAAGAGGAAGCGACAGAGGAAACAGAGCCUCAAUCAGAGGGUAAGAGGAAGAGGAAACGCAAGAUCUCUCUUCGUGAGAAGGUUGAGCUCGAAAAGGCAAUGGAGGAAUACUAUAAGCUGGACUAUGAAGGCACCAUUGGCGAUCUGAAGACUAGGUUCAAGUAUAAGCCUGUUCCUUCAAAUAGAUAUGGCCUGAGCGCUGAGGAGAUUCUGCUGGCCGAUGACAAAGAAUUAAACCAGUAUGUUUCGCUGAAGAAGAUAGCCCCGUAUCGGGAAGAGGAAUGGAAGGUCUCCAGGCAGAAGAGAUAUCAUCAAAAGAUGAAGAAGAAGCUUCUUCUUCUCGGCAAGGAAAGUGACAGCAAGAAGGACAAGGGGAGGAAGUCAGAUGGCCGUGGAUCUGCAGACUCUGGAAAGAGUUCCGAACCAGGAGACGACAAAGGUAAGCUGUCUAGGAGGAGCAAGAGACGGCGUCGACAAGGAGAACUCAAGCUGUCCCAGUCAAGGCUCAUGGCAUAUGGAAAGAUCCCUCCAAAGUCGAAGAAGUAA